CGGCGGGUCCGGGCCAUGGGCUGCCUGCAGAGCGUGGCGUGCAAGGCGCGCGUGCGGCGGGAGCACAUCGUGGUGUCGGACGUGUCGGCGUGCAUCGAGCCGGGCGCCACGGCCCUCGAGGAGACGUCGCCCAUCGUGCUGCGCUACCGGACGCCCUACUUCCGCGCCGCCGCGCGCGUCCUCAUGCCGCCCAUCCCGCGGCGCCACACCUGGGUGGUGGGCUGGAUCCAGGCCUGCAACCACAUGGAGUUCUACAACACCUACAGUGACCUGGGCAUGUCAAGCUGGGAACUUCCAGACUUGAGAGAAGGGCGUGUAAAAGCCAUCAGUGACUCUGAUGGAGUGAGCUACCCCUGGUAUGGGAAAACCACAGAAACAGUGACCUUGAUUGGCCCCACCAAUAAGGUCUCCAGGUUCUCCGUCAGUAUGAAUGACAAUUUCUACCCCAGCGUGACAUGGGCUGUUCCUGUGAGUGACAGCAACGUGCCACUACUAACCAGGAUCAAACGGGACCAAAGCUUUACGACAUGGCUAGUAGCCAUGAAUAUGACCACCAAGGAAAAGAUUAUUUUGCAGACUAUAAAGUGGAGGAUGCGAGUGGACAUUGAAGUUGAUCCCAUGCAGCUCUUGGGCAAGCGAGCCCGGCUAGUGGGGAGGACUCAGCAGGAGCAACCCAAAAUUUUGAGCAGAAUGGAACCCAUCCCACCAAAUGCACUAGUGAAACCCAAUGCCAAUGAUGCCCAGGUCCUUAUGUGGAGACCCAAAAGAGGACCACCUUUGGUAGUGAUACCACCCAAAUAAAAGAUACACUUGAUGGUAUCAAUGAGGGCUUUUGCCACCACUGGCAUGGAUAACUGAGCCAAAGAAGACCUCUGUGUUCACCUGCCUUUUGCGAUACAACCGCAAAGAGGGCUUCUUCAAGACAGCGUGAGAUCGCAAUGGCCAGUGCUGGGCCACAGUAGAGUAGCUGGACUUACGGACUGCGGAAGAAGAUUUAGGUUGUUUCACACUUCGAGUGUGUUCUCAUGUGGAAAGAGGCUGAAACACAGAGAUCCAGAGUUUGAUUUCCAGUGCCUGUGGCCAAUGCUGCUUCCCAGCCAACUAGAUGUAGUCCUGGAGGCUGUGCUUACCAGACAUUCAGUGCAAUGCCUGCUCUUUGGGUUAAGACAGGAAGGGAUGGCAUAUUCCCACAACAUGAUACCUAUGCAUUUUUGAUUGAUAAUCAAUGUUAUCACCUGCUCAUUAGAAGGAAGAAAAUGUUUACAAAGGGGGGGACAAGAAUGUCGUCUGUUAAGUUUCACUCUUGUAGAAAGUGCAGCUUUAUCCCGAGGAAACUGUCCAUGGUGCUGAACUAAAACACAUUUUGAACUACCAA